ACGUGGUUGUACUUAUGAGCCAUAUAAAGACUAUACAUAUAUAUCAUAUCAUUCCUUUAGAUCUACAAGUUUGCCAUGACAAUCUGUGGAUCCUACUUAAAUUUAUUAUUGUUAUAAACAUGAAUUUGUAUAGUAAAAAUUUAAUAUGUAUUUAUAAUCAUAAAUUAAUAUCCAUGACUCGGUGUGUAAAUAAUGACCUUUAAUUUGGUAUCGAGGUGUUGCAACAUUAUUAUUUAUAAUGACAAUGAUAUUGAUGUUAAAAAAUGACUAAUAUCUAAAAUGACGUGGUAAAAAAAAUAGAUUCAGUUACAAAUUUGGAAGACAUAGUGAAAGAAUGGCAGAAGGUAAGAAUACAGAUGAAGCUUGGAGAAAAUCUAAGACAGAUGACAGAAAUGCUCUUUUCAAUCCAGAUACUACUACAAGUUCUGAAGAUUCCAAUUCUACAUCUUUAGCAGAUAUUUUUGAUACUGCUUUCACAUCAACAGUGGAUCCUACUCCUCAAAGAUGCCCUGCUGUUACAGUUACAGAAAUGGAGUAUGAGCAUUUAUUUGCUGAAAGUGAUAUCGAAGAAGCUGAUUCACAAAAUCGCGUAGACUCAUUUGUAAAUCAACCUCAACAUUCAACGUCGUCUAAUAAUCUCGUGUUUGCAUCAUAUAGAUCAUCGUCAACUCCAAUAACUGAUUCACGAUAUUGGCGUGGGGUUCGUGUAAAUAAUUGUAAUAUGUGUAGAACAAGAUCACGAAGAGAUCCAGUAACACAACCGCUAGAUAAUAUGUGUGAUGAGAGACUCUGUUCUCAUUAUCGUCGUAAGAGAAUAUUAUAUGAUAGAGAAUUACCAGCGAAGCAUAAAACCAAGAAAAAUGAACCUCAUAAAAUAGAUAACAAUCAACAAGUCAGUAACUUGAGUAUCGCUGGACCGUCAAGGCUUAUUGAUACUCCAGUUGACUACAGCAUAACCGGGUCAGCCAACAACAUCAUUGAUACAAUAGACGACAACUCCAACAAAAUGACAAGACAAGUAACCAAUGAAAGGUCUUCGUCCCAGUCUAGUGCUGCUUCUACUCAGAUUUUACCAAGCGUUUCUCAUCAAACAACUAGCAAAGAUCAUGAUGAUAUUCCUUCAGCGCCAGAUUUGCAAUUAGAUUGGUCUUCAAGUAGUGAAAGCGAUGACGAAGAUGGAUCAAUUCAAGUUCUUGAGACUGUUAAUUACAGCAAUAAACAAAACACAAAUCAAGACAAUGAACAAAGUGAUCGAACAGUGACUGUUGUGGAUUUAACUGCUGAAUCUGAUGAUGAAAAUCAUAGUCAUUCAACUGCAACGAAUUCCACGUCACCACAAGCUCAAGAGAUUUCAUCUCUCAGGAAUAAUUACUGUGUUCAUCGGCCACCCGAGCACCCUCGUAUAAUUCCUGGCGGCGUUCCUUAUCACCGAUAUCCAUAUCAAGGGACAAGAAUGCAUCCAAUGUAUCAACGCAUGUGGUAUAUUCAGCAACGUGUACAAGAAACUCAACGGCGUCGACUUUAUCAACGAUCAUCAGUACACACUUGCACUCCACCAAAUGCUCACAUGUAUCAACCGGGUCGAUUUGUAACAGACGAAAAUUCUAGCCCAAGUAGUCUUCCUCAAAUGUGCUGUGCAGCAAAUGAUAGCGGAAAUCACGCAGAUAAUUAUCCUCAGCAUCCUGUUCUACCACCUCCGCAACAACCUACUGUAUACAGUCACCCGGAAGCCAGUGGACCUGAGCCUUUAGUAACAAAUAGGACGAGAAUCUUUCCAUCUUCAGGACUGGUGAAUGCAAUGCGUAAUGCUGAAAUGGAAGCUUCUCCACCUGAUCCUAUGCAUCCAAUGCCUGUUCAUCAACAUGUGCAUCAUCAUAUGUACCACUGGCCCCCGCCGAUAGGAAGACCUCAUCUUGCUCGUAUGCCACACGUGCAUAUUAUAUCACCCCAUAUGCAAAAUAAUGUACCACCUGAUAUGAUACCUACGUAUCCGGUACCUCUGCCGGACUUUGUUUUCCAAACAAGGCAUAUGAAUACAGGCUUUGAAAAUUACAUGCGUAUUGUUGAUUUGCGACGAAUGUCUCACAUAAGUUGUGGUGCCACACAAGAGUCUAUUGAAAACCACACGUUUCCCCACAAAUACAAACGUGUUAAAAAGGUGGAAAAUGGAGAAGAUGCUAUUGAAAAAUGUACAAUAUGUUUAUCGGAAUUUGAAGAUUUUGAAAGUGUCCGAAGACUUCCGUGUAUGCAUUUAUUCCACAUAGACUGCGUGGAUCAAUGGCUAUGUACUAACAAACGAUGUCCAAUUUGUCGGGUCGAUAUUGAAACCUACUUUCAGAAAGAACUUACAGCAACCGUAUAGCUUAAGGUCGGUAAUGUUUUCUCAUAAUUAUCGUAUAUUAAUUAAUAUCCUAUUUAUUUAUUGUAUACCAACAUAUUAUUAACGGCCUUACACUCAAUGGGUUUAUCAAACUUUAUUCAAUACAUGACAGAACAGUUUUAUAUAGAGAACAAAGUAAAUUGUAUUGAAUCAAUAUUUACAACGUAGUAUUUAUAUUCAAUUUAUAAUAAUAAUAAUAAAAUUAUUUAACUCAUUGGCGUAUUCAGAAAUUAUAAUUUGUAAAUAUUAUAUGUAAAUACUUUUAUAGCUGAAAUUCAAUAUAAAUAACUGAUCAAUGCAGUAAUAUUCGACAAAAACGGAUGCUUCACUAUUUAGUAUUAAUAAUAAUUUUACUAUAAAGUCUUAUAAUUAAGACUGUAAUUGGAUUUAUUUAUUUUAAAUUGAGAAAUUAAAUUUACAAUGUAUUACUAUUAGAUAAUAAUAGUAGACGUCUAAAAAGUAUAAACUGAAAAAAUUUGCGUAUAACUAGAAUUAUUGAAUCAUAUCCUAUUGAAAUAACCUUACCAAUUCAUAAGUCCCACUAAAAAGUUUUUGCACAUCAUUUUCUUGAUUUCACCGAUGGUGCUAUAAUAAAUAUAUAUAGCAAUGUUGCUAUAAAAAUGAUACAAAGUACGUAAUAUUGUUUCAAGAUAAGUACAUAGUAGUAAUCGCAAAGAUAAAACUAACAGUAACACUAAUCGUAAUUAUAAUAUUAAUCAUGCAAAUAAUUGUAAAAACCAUACUAUAAAGGAAUAUUUUUUUUUUUUUUUUUGUGAAAAAACUUGUCAUUAAAACUAUUUAUUAGUCUUUAUAUCAAUAACUAGAAGAUAGUGUGUUAAAUUAUGUGAAUCUUAUUUUAUGGGUAAUUUUGUGAUUGAAUAUAUUU